GGCGGCGGUUGCUUCGGCAGAGAGGAUGUGGAGAGGCAGGGCUGCGUCGCCGCACGCCCCCCUGAGAUAAGGGGGUGGGCAGGGGGCGUUCUGGCACACGUGCUGCGCAAGACCAGCCAUGGCUGUGUUGCACCGCUUAGACUCCUUCUGAGAGCUGUGAAACAGCUUUUGUUCGCAGCCCUCUGCCCCCAUCCCUGCCCUGCUGUGGGCUGUACAGCCGUCGCUUAAGAAGCUUGUAUAUAUAUAUACGUUUUUUUUUUUCCUGGGGGCUGAAGCCAUGGCAAAGGGCCCUGACCGAAGCAGGCACAAAUGGAGUGCGCUUCACACAUUCCUCCGCUGCAACAUGACCCCGGAGACCCAGCGGGUAGUGGUCUUUGUCAUCCUGCUCUUCCUCAUCAUCGUCAACGUGGUGCUGAUGUUCCUGUUGGCGUUCCACUGACGGAGGACUGCUGGUAGUUGUGUGGCGGCAGCAGUGGUGCGCGGGGCUUUCCAGGACUGGGUGACAAUCAGCAGCUCAUCAGUGAUGGCAGCGUGGUGUAUGCAGAAGCGCUCUGGGACCACGUCACGAUGGAUGACCAGGAGCUGGGAUUCAAGGCCGGCGAUGUCAUUGAAGUAAUGGAUGCUACCAACAAGGAGUGGUGGUGGGGGAGGAUUCUGGACAGCGAAGGCUGGUUUCCAGCCAGCUUCGUACGGCUCCGAGUAAACCAGGAUGAACCCAUGGAAGACUAUCCUCUAAAGGUAGAGGGUGGCAAAGAGGACGACUCCAGCAGUGGCACACGACGUUUUGGGAUGGGGCAGACCACCAAGGAUCAAAUGAGGACCAACGUCAUCAAUGAGAUCAUAAGCACAGAGAGAGACUACAUCAAGCAUCUGAAGGACAUCUGUGAGGGUUACAUUAAGCAGUGCCGCAAAAGGGCUGAUAUGUUUACAGAAGAACAGCUGAAGACAAUCUUUGGGAAUAUUGAAGACAUCUACAGGUGCCAAAAGAAAUUUGUUAAAGCACUAGAGAAGAAAUUCAAUAAAGACCACCCGCAUUUGAGUGAGGUUGGCUCAUGCUUCUUGGAAUAUCAAACAGAGUUUCAGAUAUACUCUGAAUACUGCAACAACCACCCCAACGCCUGCAUGGAGCUGUCCCGACUCACCAAAGUUAACAAGUACGUCUACUUCUUCGAAGCCUGCCGCCUGCUGCAGAAGAUGAUCGACAUCUCUCUGGAUGGGUUUCUGCUAACUCCUGUGCAGAAAAUCUGCAAAUAUCCAUUGCAACUGGCCGAACUGCUCAAAUACACCAAUCCCCAGCACAGGGAUUUUAAAGAUGUUGAAGCUGCCUUAAAUGCUAUGAAGAACGUUGCUCGACUCAUCAACGAGAGAAAGCGGCGGCUGGAGAACAUUGACAAAAUUGCUCAGUGGCAGAGUUCAAUAGAAGACUGGGAGGGUGAAGAUGUCCUAGUCAGAAGCUCAGAACUCAUCUAUUCUGGGGAAUUAGCCAAAGUCUCCCAUCCUCAAGCCAAGAGCCAACAGAGGAUGUUCUUCCUCUUCGAUCACCAGCUUGUCUGCUGCAAGAAGGAUCUUCUGCGCCGGGACAUCUUGUAUUACAAAAGUCGGAUCAACAUGGAUGACAUGGAAAUACUGGAUGUAGAGGAUGGGAAGGACAAGGACUUCAACAUCAGCGUGAAAAAUGCAUUUAAGCUGCACUGCCGAGACACUGAGGAAGUCCACUUAUUCUGUGCAAAAAAGCCUGAGCAGAAACAGCGCUGGCUGAAGGCAUUUGAGAAUGAAAGGAGACAGGUUCAGCUUGACCAGGAGACUGGUUUUUCAAUCACAGAGGUGCAGAAAAAGCAGGCAAUGCUGAACGCCAGCAAGCAGCACCACACUGGGAAGCCUAAGGCUGUCACCAGGCCGUACUACGACUUUCUGAUGCGUCAGAAGCAUCCCACCCUGCCUACCACUCUCCCUCAGCAGCAAGUCUUCAUGCUGGCAGAGCCCAAGCGCAAGCCCUCGAACUUCUGGCAGAACAUCAGCAGGCUGACCCCCUUCCGGAAAUAAGGGCAGCCCCCAUGUUUGUGCCUGAAUCCCUUCUGAGAAAGCACUUUAUCCGUCAGUCCCGGGAGAUGGAGCCCAGAUUCUUCCACUCCUUUGGUUGCAGAGGACAGCCCACGUGCUCCUUCCUUCCCUAUUUAUUUUGCAGAGCGACUGAACACGCUGGCUCUGAGGUGGGACACUGUGUAGGUGGGCACAUGCACGUGUGUGUGCGUGUAUGCACGCCAGUCCCAUCAAGCCAGCCUUGCACCGCGCCCGAGAGGCAAACUUCCAGGAAGAGAUCACAGGAGCCUGAAGUGUUUCAUCUGCAACGAUUUUUGCUUGCCAGUUGUGUUUUGAAUCAUUCCUUCCAGCUGUGCCCAUUAUUGCUGUCUGGCAGCUGCCAGAGAGGGGAGGGCAGCUGAUACAGCUCCCGGUUCAGUGUCCACUGCCGUGUUCGGAACAACGGUUCGGUGUUGCUCACCUUAUACACCUUGGAGGGGGAGGCGUAAGGACAGACCCUUCUGUUCUCCUCCCCCCCACCCCCUUUCCCUGCGUUUCUCAUCAAGGACAUGAUCCUACACUCCUAACCCCUCAGCUAGCCUCUGCUGGCACUCAGCCACCCGUUGAGUGUCUGACCCUGGGACCCUUUUCUUUCCUUUAGUUCAACACACUGAUGAACUAAAUUAGUAUGUUACUGGUGCCAAUCAACCUACAGCAUGAGUAAAGUUCAAAAAAAAAAAAAAACACACCUCUCUAGGGAGUUUUGAGUUAUGUAAGUUAGAGAAAAAAUGUGCCUAAAUUAAUACCAUACUCGAUUCCUUAGAUUCUCGUCUGUCCAUCAUUCUGCCGUAUUUCCUGGCCAAUGAAAAUGCUCAUUGUUUGUAACGUGUUUAUUUAUGGUAAAAAAACCAGAACUGUGUAUUUUGUAAGUCUGUAAUUGGUCUUGUCAGAUGUUGUUAACUUGAUGCCUGUUUUGUCUGUUUUUCUUUUUUUUUUUCUUUUCCUUUCUUUUUUUUUUUUUUAAAGCAAAAAGCUCAGUCAAUAUUUGCAAACCUAGCUCCCAGAAGUCAGGGUCUGCAGUUCAGCUCUGAAAUACUAACAGCGUGACCUUUAUGCCAAUUCCUGCAGCCCCCUCAGUUCAAGGGGUAUUAUUACAGGUUUUUGACACUUUUAAAAUAAACUUCAGGCCACUUACAAAAACGCUGAAAUCUGGCAUAAAGAGCGAGCCUCAGUUUUAGGUACCCAGGUUUCAAACCUGUGGCCAAAAGACUUCAUUUAACUCUUGGUUAGCAAAAGGAAAGAUUUGCCUUACCACAGUGAGGGUUAGAAGCCAUACUGACUGAAUUCCCGAGCUUAGGAGACGUCCUGUGGCAGUGGAAGGAAGCCACCCACUCGCUCCGACAUGACGCCACUGGGAGCGAGCACUAACUGCCUGCAAUGCUCAACGAUCCAGUGUUUGUUGAUGCUGUAGCUGACCAAAGUCUGGUCAUCCAGGGAUAGCUGAAUUCAGUAGCAUGUACAAAGUCAUUCUUGCACUAUAUCUCCCCCCGGAUCAGGGGCUACAUUUAAUUUCAUAAAGAAACUUGUAAAAGUGA